AUGGGAUUGAUCGGCUCUGUAGCAGCGCGGUUGGUAUCCACCGGCAUGUCCGUCACGCUUCAAGACAUAGAUUACUUCAUCUCCCCAUACGCCGCCGGAAAUGUGACCAUUCCAUCUUCUUUGUUGUCCCACGUCCCAAGCGUCAAUGGGUUCGCACCGGUGACUGUCGUGCAAGAGGACACGGGGGAAUUGUCCUCGCUAUCUUCGCUCUUUUCCACAUGGUCCACGAAAGACGACGUGUUCACGGACGCAUUUCUUGACGCUGUGUUUGUCCGCAGUAGCCGACACGCCAACAUCACCUCGCUCAAAGAAGGCCAAACGAGUGUUGUGGUACCCCUCGAAUCCAGAUCGGUUCCCUCCGGUCCGUACUUCAUCGAGCAGACCACCGGCAAGCUGUACCCCGUGUACCGGCUAUACAGUGACUUUGCCGGAGCUUUCAACCAGCCCCUUCUGCAGAAGCCCGACGGCACAUUCCAGGCUCUGUCGGCCCAGGUCGCUGGCGUCGCCUCAGUAACAGUGGGCGUGCCGUCUCGGCUCUACUAUACGCCCACCGAAGACAAACCACUGGCCGGCGUCCGGGUAGGCAUCAAGGACAUCUAUAGCCUCGCAGGCGUCCGACAGAGCAACGGCAACCGGGCCUGGUACAAUCUGUACGGCGAGAACAACGUCACUGGCACGGCCGUGUCGCGGAUCAUCGAGGCCGGAGGAAUCAUCGUCGGCCUGCAGAAGCCCUCGCAAUUCGCCAACGGAGAGACCGCCACGGCGGACUGGGUGGACUUCCAUGCGCCCUUCAACCCGCGCGGGGACGGCUACCAGGACCCGUCGUCCUCUUCAUCCGGGGCCGGGGCCUCGAUCGCCUCGUACGACUGGCUGGAUCUGGCCUUGGGCAGCGACACGGGCGGCUCCAUCCGCGGACCCGCCGAAGUCCAGGGAAUCUUUGGCUCACGGCCGUCGCACGGCCUCGUGGCGCUCGACAACGUCAUGUCCCUAUCCCCCGUGCUCGACACGGCGGGCUUCCUCACGCGCGACCCGUACCUCUGGGACCAGGCCAAUCAGGCGCUGUACAGCACCAACUAUACCUCCUUCAGCGGCAAGGCCGUCAAGUACCCCAGCACACUGUACACACUGAGCUUCCCGACGACCAACGACUCGGCCAGCGACGCGAUGCUGCUGGACUUCCAGCAGAAGCUGGCCGCCUUCCUCAACACAACCACCACGCCCUUGAACCUGACCGCGGACUGGACGGCCAACCCACCAGCCGAGGCCCCCUCCGACGUCACCCUCCCGACGCUGCUGAACCUCACCUACGCCAUGUUGAUCAGCAAGCAGCAGAUCUCGCUGGUCCGGGAUCCCUUCUAUGCCGACUAUGCAGCAAAACACGACGGCCGCCUCCCCUUCGUCGACCCCGUCCCCGUCUCGCGGUGGAACUGGUCCGAAGCAUACCUGGCCUCCGCCCUCGACGAGGCCAUCACCAACAAAACGAUCUUCAUGGACUGGAUGGCGUCGAACUACCUGGGGCGCGUGGCCGACCCGGAGCAAUGCUCCUCCUCGCUGAUGGUGUACGUGGGCUCGGCGGGGCCCGAGACGGGCGCCGCGCGCAACCUCUACCGCUCUCUGCCCGGCGCCCCGCUGGGCUGGGCCAGCAGUCGCAUCUCCAACAUGGCCGAGGUGCCGGACUUUGUCCUCCCCGUGGGCGAGGUUGCCGCGUACAGCAGCAUCACAAACCACGACGAGAAGUUCCCCGUCACCGUGGAUGUGAUCGCGGCCAAGGGCUGUGAUGGGUUGAUCGUGCGGCUGGCGCAGGAUCUGCUGGAGGCGGGGAUUAUCAGCCGGCCGUUGACGGGGGGGACGAUGGCGGGUGGGGAGGUUUUGCUUUAG